AUGCUUUUUGCAAUUCAAAAAGCUAGAUAAUAUUUUUUAAAAACCACAUUUUAAUUUAUGGAUCAAAAACAAAGUUUUGCCAGAAGAGACAAACUAAGAGCUAUUGAAUAAUCAAUCUAAGAUUAAUGGGCAGCCAAUUAAUCUUUCUAAUCAAAUCCAGAUGAGAGAAAGAAAUUUUUCUUGACNGUCUUUUAUUCCUUAUCAUAACCAGGAACAUUUUAUCUAGAACCUAGAGAUGUUACUUAAGGACAUAUGUGUUCUAAUUAUGAUUUUGAUUCUAAAAUCAAUACUCCUGAAUAUGAUGAUGCUUGGUUUAAAUUCAAAGAAAAUGCUAAUAGAUAUCAAAACAUUAUUUUAGAUAUUAAAUCAGUACCAUUUUCUAAACCUGAUGGAGCUAUCUCUGAUGUAGGUUGGACUAUAUUACCUGUGUUUUCACCUGAUAAUUAUGUUAUGUCUAAUUGUUAUCAAUUACCUGUUUUUAGAGGAUCAGUCCCAAGAGCUGUAAUUGAAGAUAUAAAAAAAUAAGAUACUUGGGAUUAUCUUAGAGAUUAAGUAACUAAUAAUAAAGUAUUUUAUCUCAAAAAUAUGUCUAUAAUUGUCAGAUUAGUAGAUGCCUAAAGAGAAGUAAUUUAUUAUUUCAUUUUAGGGACAUUUUAAUAAACGUAUGGAUUGUGAUAGAUUGUAAUAUAAGUAUUUACCAUAAGGAGAACGAAUCAAAUAAUGGUCUUACAAUCCUGCUGUUGUUUUGGAUUAGAUGAGUAUGAAGACUAUUAAAUCUUUAAUACCAUUCAAAGACAAUCCAGCUGCUUUCAACAGAAAAGUCACAGAGUAUUUUGCCAAUUCAUAUGGUUUAACUCAAUAUCUUGGAAGUUGA